AUGACAAUCUCUCCCAACACAAAAAUCCUCAUCGUCGGUGCCGGCGCGUUCGGCACCUCAACAGCCUACCACCUCUCCCAACGCGGCUACAAAUCCAUCCGCGUGCUCGACCGCCAUGCAACGCCUUCCUGCGAAGCUGCCUCAACGGAUAUCAGCAAAGUAAUCCGCAGCGACUACAAUGAACCGCUUUAUUGCAAAAUGGGUAUUGAGUCGACCGAAGCAUGGCGCGAUUGGGAUAUGUUUCAGGGACUGUAUCAUGUUCCGGGGUGGAUUUUGAGUGCUUGUAACCUCUCUGUACCGUUUGUGGAAGGGUCUGUUGAGACCUCUAAAAAGCUUGGAGUCGAAGGGUUGGAGAUCUUGACCCCUGAGCAGAUUCGGGAAAGAUUACCGUUGGUGACGGGAAAGUUGGAUGGAUGGAAUAUUAACGUGUGGAAUCCGACGGCGGGCUGGGCAAAGUCUGGUGAGGCUUUGAGGAGGAUGGCACUUGCGGCGGAGAAGAAUGGAGUAGAGUUUAUUACUGGUGAUAAGGGGUAUGUUCGGAAGCUGAAGUAUGCGUCUGAUGGAACUACGUGUAAGGGUGUGAUUACGCAGGAUGGGACAGUUCACGAAGCCGAUCUCGUCAUUUUGGCUGCUGGUGCCUGGAUGCCGAGUUUGAUUGAUCUUCAAGACCAAUUGACAGCCAAGGGACACUCAGUGGCACAUAUUCAACUGACUCCGGCUGAGACAAAACAAUAUGCCUCUCUUCCGAUCCUCGACAAUCUUGAGCUAGGGUAUUUCUUCCCACCUCAGGAAGAUGGAAUAUUCAAACUGGCUCACAGCCAAUUCAUCACAAACACCACAACCGACCCAGUAUCCGGAAUAACCACGUCCAUCCCACAUACCUUCGUGCAAUCCCCCACAGACGACUUACCCCUCGAAAUCGAAGCAACGAUGCGCCGCAACCUACGACGAGUGUUCCCCGAACUAGCUGAUCGCCCAUUCUGCUAUACCCGUCUCUGCUGGGACGCCGACACAGCCGACCGCCAUUUCCUCGUUACUCCCCACCCAGGCCAACAAAACCUCUUUAUUGCCACUGGUGGCUCCGCGCAUGGUUUCAAGUUCCUACCGAUUGUUGGCAAAUAUAUUGCAGAUCAUAUUGAGGGAAAACUAGAUGCAGGUAUUGUGCAUAAUUGGCGUUGGAGGGCGGGCGAGAAAAUGAACACGAAGAAUUUGGCGCAUUUGGAUCCAGAGUUGGAGUUGGCUGAUUUGACAGGGUGGAAGGGGAGGAAAGAGCGUGAAGGCCGCGUGAAGGCAAAGUUGUAG